AUGGAGCUCAGUCAACUUCCUCUUGUGCUCUUGCUGAUUUCAAACAUCCACUCUGAAGACACUGAAGAAAAUCCUAAAGCCAGUGUGAGGAUUACUCCUGAUCUGCAUGUGUUCAGAGGAGAGUCAGUCACUCUCAGAUGUGACAUUAAUGCUGAAGGAGUCUCUAGCUGGCAGUACAGCUGGUAUAAAGAAGGCUCAGCAGGUGUAUUCGGAUAUUUACAGGAAUACACGUUAUGGUUUAUUACUGAGUCUGAGGCAGGUAAAUACACCUGUUCUGGCACUGAGAGUAAAGGUUCACGCAGAUCACAAAUGAGUGAUGCAGUUCCACUGACAGUAUCAGCCCAGACAGCUUUAAGUGUUUCUCCACAGAACUGGUUGACUGAAGGAGAUUCAGUGACUCUGAUCUGUCAGGUUUACGGCUCCUCUACAGGCUGGACAUUCAGCUGGUACAUCAUAACUCAUUCAGAUCAUUAUUAUUAUUAUUAUAAACCGCUCUCUGACAGCAGUAGAGGAGCUGGAGGAAAAUACACUGUCAGUUCUGUUGCUCUAAAACACACAGGAGUUUAUGUGUGUGAAGCAGAGAGAGGAAAACCAGCCUAUAAAACAGAUAUGAGCAACACACAGACACUGUGGGUCACUGGUGUUUCUCCUCCAGUCUCUCUGGUCAUCAGUCCCAGCAGAGCUCAACACUUUACAUCUGACUCUCUUUCUCUGAGCUGUGACGACAAGAGUAACUCUACUGGAUGGAGAGUCAGAAGAUACACAGACAAGGGAUGGAUGAGUGAUUGUUCAUCAGAAACAGGAUCUACAUGUACAAUCAGCCUCACCACAUCAGACACUGGAGUUUACUGGUGUCAGUCUGAGUCUGGAGAGAAUUAUAAUCCUGUUAAUAUCACUGUACACUCACUCUCUGGUGUGAUUCUGGAGAGUCCUGUUCAUCCUGUGACUGAAGGAGAUCCUCUGACUCUACACUGUUUAUAUAAAUCUACAACUCCAGCAAAGCUCAGAGCUGAUUUCUAUAAAGAUGGAUCACUCGUCCAGAGUCAAACCUCAGAGAUGAUCAUCACUGCUGUCUUAAAGUCACAUGAGGGUUUCUACAACUGCAAACGCCCAGAAGGAGAGUCACCCAAGAGCUGGAUCUCAGUCAGAGCGUCUGGUUCAGAUUCUCAGAUCUCUGUCUUCAACAUACUCAGUUCUGGUCUGGCAUCUUUUCCAUAUCUGCUAGUGACAGUCGUGCUGAUUGUCAAAUGCUUGCUGAUUUCAAACAUUCACUCUGAGGACACUGAAGAAAAUCCUAAAGCCAGUGUGAGGAUUAACCCUGAUCUGCAUGUGUUCAGAGGAGAGUCAGUCACUCUCAGAUGUGACAUUAAUGCUGAAGCAGUCUCUAGCUGGCGGUACAGCUGGUAUAAAGAAGGCUCAGCAGGUGUAUUCGGAUAUUUACAGGAAUACAUAUUAAAGGUUGUUACUAAGUCUAACACAGGUAAAUACUCCUGUAUUGGCACUGAGAGUAAAGGUUCACGCAGAUCACUAAAGAGUGAUGCAGUUCCACUGACAGUAUCAGACAAAGCCCAGACAGCUUUAAGUGUUUCUCCACAGAACUGGUUGACUGAAGGAGAUUCAGUGACUCUGAUCUGUGAGGUUCACGGCUCCUCUACAGGCUGGACAUUCAGCUGGUACAUGCUAACUCAGUCAGACAACAGAGGUAAUUAUCAGCUGCUUUCAGACAGCAGUAGAGGAGCUGGAGGAAAAUACACUGUCAGUUCUGUUGCUCUAAAACACACAGGAGUUUAUUUCUGCAGGGCAGAGAGAGGAAAACCAGCCUAUGCAACAAAUUUUAGCAACAAACAGCCACUGUGGGUCACUGGUGUUUCUCCUCCAGUCUCUCUGGUCAUCAGACCCAGCAGAGCUCAACACUUUACAUCUGACUCUCUUUCUCUGAGCUGUGAAGACAAGAGCAUCUCUACUGGAUGGAGAGUCAGAAGAUACAGACACAGCAGGUGGAUGAGUGAUUGUUCAUUACAAACAGGAUCUACAUGUACAAUCAGCCUCACCACAUCAGACACUGGAGUUUACUGGUGUCAGUCUGACUCUAGAAAGAACUAUAAUCCUGUUAAUAUCACUGUACACUCUGGUGUGAUUCUGGAGAGUCCUGUUCAUCCUGUGACUGAAGGAGAUCCUCUGACUCUACACUGUUUAUAUAAAUCUACAACUCCAGCAAAUCUCACAGCUGAUUUCUAUAAAGAUGGAUCACUCGUCCAGAGUCAAACCUCAGAGAUGAUCAUCACUGCUGUCUUAAAGUCACAUGAGGGUUUCUACUACUGCAAACGCCCAGAAGGAGAGUCACCCAAGAGCUGGAUCUCAGUCAGAGUGCUGAGUUCAAACACCCACUCUGAACACAAUGAAGAAAAUCCUAAAGCCAGUGUGAGGAUUACUCCUGAUCUGCAUGUGUUCAGAGGAGAGUCAGUCACUCUCAGAUGUGACAUUAAUGCUGAAGGAGGCUCUAGCUGGCGGUACAGCUGGUAUAAAGAAGGCUCAGCAGGUGUAUUAAGUUUUUUAAAGCAAUACACAUUAUUGUCUGUUACUGAGUCUGACGCAGGUAAAUACUCCUGUUUUGGCACUGAGAGUAAAGGUUCACGCAGAUCACAAAUGAGUGAUGCAGUUCCACUGACAGUAUCAGACAGAGCCCAGACAGCUUUAAGUGUUUCUCCACAGAACUGGUUGACUGAAGGAGAUUCAGCGACUCUGAUCUGUGAGGUUUACGGCUCUACAGGCUGGACAUUCAGCUGGUACAUCAUAACUCAUUCAGGUAAGGGUUACAUUUAUGAACCGCUCUCAGACAGUAGAGGAGCUGGAGGAAAAUACACUGUCAGUUCUGUUGUUCUAAAACACACAGGAGUUUAUGUGUGUGAAGCAGAAAGAGGAAAACCGAACUAUAAAACAGAUAUCAACAACACACAGCCACUGUGGGUCACUGGUGUUUCUCCUCCAGUGUCUCUGGUCAUCAGUCCCAGCAGAGCUCAACACUUUACAUCUGACUCUCUUUCUCUGAGCUGUGAAGACAAGAGUAACUCUACUGGAUGGAGAGUCAGAAGAUAUGGAGACAGCUGGCUGAUCAACGAUUGUUCAUCAGAAACAGGAUCUACAUGUACAAUCAGCCUCACCACAUCAGACACUGGAGUUUACUGGUGUCAGUCUGAGUCUGGAGAGAAUUAUAAUCCUGUUAAUAUCACUGUACACUCUGGUGUGAUUCUGGAGAGUCCUGUUCAUCCUGUGACUGAAGGAGAUCCUCUGACUCUACACUGUUUAUAUAAAUCUACAACUCCAGCAAAUCUCAGAGCUGAUUUCUAUAAAGAUGGAUCACUCGUCCAGAGUCAAACCUCAGAGAUGAUCAUCACUGCUGUCUCAAAGUCACAUGAGGGUUUCUACUACUGCAAACGCCCAGAAGGAGAGUCACCCAAGAGCUGGAUCUCAGUCAGAGCGUCUGGUUCAGAAUCUCAGAUCUCUGUCUUCAACAUGCUCAGUUUUGGUCUGGCAGCUUGUCUAUAUCUGCUAGUGACAGUCGUGCUGAUUGUCAAAUGCUGUAGAAUGAGAGGAAACACGACUGAAUGA